AUGAGUACCGAGCUGGAGAAUGCGGGCAUGACUGUCGUCAAAUGGUCGACGAGGCGAGCCAUUCGCAACCUGUUCAUGAACGGCACUUGUCGGCACAAAGGCCGACAGUACGAUCUUGUGCAGGCUACCCAGCUCGCCGACUUCGCUACCCUCCAGAGCGUGCAUGUGGCCCUUGGCACGAAGUCCAGGGAUGCCGAGGUGCUUGGCUUGCCGACUGCAUCUGAUUUCCAUCGAGUUCGACGGCCGCGACCUGCUCAGGUAUUGGACGGCGUACACCAGAUAAGCGCACGUACUUAUAAUUGUGAGAGCCUGCGAGUUGUUGGGAGAAUCGACGAACUGCUUCGACUCGCACGCACCUCCGAGAUUCAUGUUCUUAUGUUGCAGGGCACUUCUAUGGAUAUUGAUAUCGACGUGCAGUAUCGUAUUUCAUUCUAUUGUGCCUGGUCAGCACUUUUCUCUCCCGGGGACGACUGA